CGGUAGUCUCCUGUUGGAUCUGUGGUGAAGCGUUGGGUAGCGAUCGUGUACGUGACCACUGUCACAUCACCGGUGCUUACCGUGGUGCAGCACACAACCAUUGUAACCUGAACAUGCGGAUUGAGCCGUUCAAGAUCAAGAUUCCUGUGAUCUUUCAUAACUUGAAGGGAUACGAUUCUCAUCACAUCAUAUCUGCCAUUGGGAGAACAUCCACUGAUGAGAUUACGUAUGUGAACGAGAAAGGACAAGAACGGACCAAGCGUCUCGGUGCUAUCAAAGUGGUUCCCAUCAACAGUGAAAAAUAUGUCACAUUCGGAUGGAGACAGUUCCAGUUCAUCGACAGCCUGGCAUUCUUGAACACCUCCCUAGACCGGUUGGUUUCGGCUACACCACCAGAUGCAUUCGCCCUUCUAUCCGCACGAUUUCCAGACGAGGAUGAACGCAAACUGUUGACACGAAAGGGUGUCUACCCGUAUGAAUAUAUGGGGUCGUACGACCAAUUCGAAGAAACGCGUCUACCACCCAAGGAUGCAUUCCACUCAACGCUAACGAACAUGGGUAUCAGUGAUGAAGACUAUGCCUAUGCGCAAACAGUAUGGACUGCGUUUGACUGUGAAGAUCUAGGAGACUAUCACGACCUCUACCUGGAGACUGAUGUGCUGCUGUUGGCUGACGUUUUCGAAAACUUCAGAAGAACUGCUCACGCAACCUAUGGAUUGGAUCCCGCUAAUUACCUCACCUUACCGGGAUUUGCCUGGGAUUCGCUGCUGAAAAUGACGAAGGUGUCCCUUCAUCUCAUUUCCGACAUUGACAUGUUCAACUUCAUUGAGCAUGGCAAAAGAGGUGGCAUAAGCAUGGUGUCCGCUAGACAUGCCACCGCCAACAACAGAUAUCUAUCGGAGUACAAUCCAGACGAGCCGACAAGCUUCAUCCAAUAUUUAGAUGCGAACAAUCUAUAUGGAUGGGCCAUGUCUCAACCCUUGCCCGUGUCGGACUUCUGCUUUGAAGCAGUGACGGAUGAUCUUCUGGAGACGGUACUCGAUCAUCCAAUGGACUCUUCGACGGGAUACAUGGUGGAGUGCGAUUUAAGGAUUCCAGAUGGUGUGCAUGACAUGAUGAAUGACUAUCCGUUGGCUCCUGAGAAGAUGAAGGUGACACGAGAUAUGCUUUCUCCAUAUCAGACCCACAUGGCAGAGAAACUAAUGGUGACCGGUUUGGAAGCGAAGAAACUGGUACCAAAUCUACUGGUGAAAGAGCACUAUGUUCUGCACUACAGAAACUUGCAGCAGUAUGUGUCCUUGGGUGUGGAGAUUACAGAUGUACAUCGUGUGCUCUCCUUCACACAACACCCAUGGAUGAAGCCAUACAUCGACACUAAUACUGACCUGAGAAAGCUAUCAACUUCUGAUUUCGAGAAAGACUUCUAUAAGUUGAUGAACAAUGCUGUAUAUGGCAAGACCAUGGAAAACGUUCGAAACAGAGUAAACAUCAAGCUCAUUCGUGAACAGGAUGAAAAACCACGUCUCCAGAAAAGCAUCAACAAACCUUCGUACAUCCGCAGUGUAGCCUUUGAGAACGAUCUGAUAGCAAUCGAGUUUGCCAAGACAAAGGUGACUCUCAAUAAACCCAUUUAUGUGGGUACAGCCAUCCUCGAUCUGUCGAAGCACUUGAUGUAUUCCUUUUACUAUGAAGUUCUCCUACCCCGCUAUGGACAAAAUGUACGUUUGCUCUACACUGAUACUGAUAGUCUGAUCGUACAUAUUCAAACGGAUGAUCUGUACACCGAUAUGUCAAACAACAUAACAGCCUAUGACACAUCCAACUAUUCACCAUCCCACCACCUGUACAGCACGGUCAACAAGAAGGUGGUAGGGAAGUUCAAGGACGAACUAGGUGGCAAACCCAUCAAGGAGUUCAUUGGUUUGCGGAGCAAGAUGUACGCAUACCGCUGUGAAGACAACGACGACAAUGGCAAGCGUGCCAAAGGUGUGCAGAGAAGCGUGUUGAAAAACACCAUAACCGUCGAUGAUUAUCGAACAUGUCUCGUCGAGGAGUCUCAGCUGAAGAGAACAAUGAAUGUUCUUCGAAGUCGACGACAUUGCAUUCACGGAGAGGAGCUACACAAGAUUGCCCUCUGUGGAUUCGACAGUAAGCGUUACAUUCUGGAGGAUGGUAUCAACACCCUGGCAUUCGGACACAAGGAUAUUCCAAAGCACUGAGGGAUUUCCACACAUACUAGAGCAUAUGUCAUAUCUUCUCAUGAAAUACAUUGUAAAUACUAUGCGAUUCAUAAUAUUCACGUUAAUCCAAAGCAUGAGCUACAUUGUACAUAUGAAAUGCUAAUACUUUUUGAGAUCAUUCACAUCCUUCUUUGUUAACCAGGUAUGGAAUUUUUCGUCUUGAUAA